ACAACCAGUCACUACCGCGUGUGCUUUGGCGUCUGCAACGCCUUGGUGAGGUCCUCGUGCGAUAAGCGACUUCCUGUGCGCAGUGUUUUUUGUUUUACGUGAUGGGGGUGUGGAUUUGCCAUUGGUUUAGUGAUUUGAGUUGGUUUCUCCCCCUGGCAUGACCUGUAACCGCGGUUAAGGAUUUUUUUCUGUCCAUAGCAAGAUUCUUUCUUAUCGUUCCUAGUUGCCGCGUACCUGCUACGUCCCAGAGUGUGCAGUGGGAGUGCUCUGCCUUAGUCCUGGCCACAGUUGUUUGCGCCUCGUGGUUUCUUGUGCCAAUGGUAUCGCAGAGUAUCUAUGAUCUGGAGUGAGUAAAGGUGGCGAUCUACAGUGUUGACAGCGACUGCGGUGGCAUAACCUGGGGAUGCUUGGAGCGGACGUGGAAGUGGUGAAAGCUGCAUUAAGGUGGUGCCAGCUAUGGCUAUCUGUUCUAGCCCAUGGGAAACCGCGGGUUGGGCUCUAUUUUGGGGGAUUUUUUAGGGGACUGGUGUUGGAACCCAUUCUGUUUUCAGUGAGUGGUUUUUAACGAGGAGUGUGUAUGUGCGGGGAUGGUCGGUCAGACUAGUAGGGUCAUAGGUAUAAAAAGUAUGUGUUUGCUACUGUUUAGUAUGAUUGCUACCUGCGUUUUCGACUCUACGUGGUAACGUGCAUCAAUUCAUAUUGCGUUGAGGGCGGUUAUCUCUGCUUUCCAUGUGUAUCAGUCCGCGUGGCGGGUUUUUCGGUUGAUAGAAGCUCGAAAGGCAUAGUGACGAAUUGGCUCAUGAUCAGAAGUAUGGUUCUGCACGAUCCUAGGGAUUAUCCUGAGUGGGAGGCGAAUUGUAUUCGUUAACACGUGCGACACAGACAGGGCAGGGGUUGGUAUUUUUUUUCGGCCUAAGUCUGGUAUAUCUAAGUUUAGCUAUGGAUGUGAUUACCACAUGUGAAGGUGAGGUUCAUGGAAAGACGGUUGAGAUCCAGGAACUUCGUCAUCGCUGGGGCGAUGGUGGUGAAAGGGAUUUUAGAUAUAGCCUGCGAGUCUCACGUACUGUUCGCCAUUAUCGUGUAACAGCGGAUGGGCGGUUGGUUCGAAAGCUGUGUGUGGGACUAGGGUAUUGGGAUGAUUUGCUUUGCGAAGUGACAUGCGCUUUGGGUGAUGAGGUGAUCUUCAGGGAAGGAGGCUAUAAUGGAUUUAUCAAGGUUAACUUAAUAAGGGAGACUGAUUAUGAGUCAAUUCAAGACUACAUGCUGUUGCCAUAUGGUAACAGGCACUUUCAUGACCAAGCAGUUUGCAUGCACUCAGUAAGGGACUAUGAUAGAAACUUGCUCUCGACAUCCCGUGGCUACACUGUCUGGCUGCAGCUCUCUGUGGUCUCCUUUGCAUAGUUCUUGUGCAUCAUGAGGCGUGUUUGUGGUAUGCGUGUAAGUGGCCCUUUAGGUUUGCCGGCGAGAGCGUGUCUUGGCAUGGCAGGAGGAUGCAAGGAUGUGGAUCCACACCUUUUCGAGCGCCCACGAGAGGUAACCUUGGGAUACUUGGAGCAGAUGUGCWAGAGAUGAGAGAUGAUGGCACUUCCCUUUGGCUUACGGUGAGAUUCUGUGAUCAGCGUGGGGAGAUACGUGAUAGUUGCUCRUCAUCCCUCAGCACUGGCAUUGAUGAUKGUGUGAGUAGCAUCUGACAAUCCCGAAAGGCUCCUGCCUGUUGCGUUUUYUUCGUCGUUAGUCAGACGAGUGGUGUGGUUUGUGACGUGCAAGUGUGCAUCCACCACCGUACCUUGAUUGCUCUCCCGUGUCAUAUCGUCUGACAUGCCCGAAAGGCACAUGCUUGUCGUUUUUCUUACUCGUUAGUCAGACAAGUGUGGUUUCUGACGUGCAAGUGUGCGUCCACGACUUGAAAUUGAUUGCACUCCAGGCUCGAACCCUC